GAGGACACGCUCAUCCACUUCUCUGGAGUCGCCAUGGGUGAGGCGUGCACUGUCGUCCUGCGAGGAGCGACUCAGCAGAUUCUGGACGAGGCGGAUCGCUCGCUGCAUGACGCUCUGUGCGUGUUGGCUCAGACCGUGAAGGAGCCGCGCACCGUCUACGGAGGAGGCUGCUCCGAGAUGCUGAUGGCCAAGGUGGUGAGUGACCUGGCCAACAGGACGCCAGGGAAGGAGGCGGUUGCCAUGGAGUCGUUUGCCAAAGCUCUGAUGAUGCUGCCGACCAUCAUCGCUGACAACGCUGGCUACGACAGCGCCGACCUGGUGGCUCAACUGAGAGCCGCUCACCAGGAGAACAAGAGCACGUUUGGACUGAACAUGACUGAAGGCACCGUGGGCAACAUGGCAGAGUUGGGCGUCACAGAGUCGUUCCAGGUGAAGCGUCAGGUGUUGCUGAGCGCGUCCGAGGCCGCAGAGAUGAUCCUGAGAGUCGACAACAUCAUCAAAGCUGCUCCCAGGAAGAGAGUUCCUGACCAUCACCCCUGCUAGAGGAGGAUGAAGAAGAACGAGGGGCGUCGGUUUUGUUAUUUAUCACCUCUGUGUCGUUCGAUUCAAAGAAACGCUCCACUGGUCUUUUCUCUCUGUCAUUAAACUCACUGUGGAAGCACUGCUCAUGCUAAUGCUUGCUGGACUGAAUGCUAACAGUGGAUACGUUCGUACAGUUUGUUUCUGAUGCUAACAUUAGCCUUGGUCGCAGCACUCUGCUUGAGCUAACGUUAGCACAGGUAGCGUUUAGAAACGAAGUUUGGACGUUGUUUUGUUUACUGAAAUAAAUGAACCAAUCAUCAUC